CUAAAUUGAGUUGUGAUAAUUUGUUAUUUUAGUAUUUCAUUCUUAGCAACAAAAUAUAUACUUUGCAAUAAAUUACAAAGCAUAAUUUUGUUUUUACUUUUCAUUUACUAAAACAAUUAAAAUAUUCAAUGAGUUUAACGGCGGCUGAGAAAGAUAUCGUUAGGAAUACCUGGGCUCUGGUCAGAACGGAUGUCAAAGGAAAUGGAUCCGAUUUAUUUCUAAGCUAUUCGAUGAGAACCCCACAUACCAGGGCCUAUUCAAGGCGUUCAAGGAUGUGCCCAAAGCUGAACUCCGGGGUAAUAAGCGAUUCGUGGCUCACGUGACAAACGUUAUGUACAACCUGUCAAUGCUUGUGGACAACAUCGACGACACGGAUGUGUUGGUCGAGAUGUUGGCCAAAAUGGGAGACAAUCACAACAGACAUAAGACCACUCUUCAGAUGUUUGUGAACCUCAAGACCAGUCUGUUUGGACUUCUGGUCGACAAACUCGGUCCCACUGUCAUGACUGCCGAUGCCGUUACCGCUUGGGAUAAGACUUAUUCAGUCAUAUUAUCUGUUGUUAAGCCUAUAUUAGAGAAACCAGAAUAAAGUUAAGAGAAUAUUCGCGAUAAGAAUGCAAAUUGAUAUUAUUGUCAGUUAAUCAAACUAGGUUAAAUAGAAAUUUAGUAGCUAUUACAUUUUGCACUUGUAUUUUGAAAUAAAAAUAUAAGUACAG